ACAAAAAAAGAUUUACAAAUAUUUCUCUCUCUCUCUCGCUCUCGCUCUCGCCUCGCAAUAACCGCGUCGUCUUCUCCACUUCUCUCGCCUCCUCUUCUCCCCCGUCGCCCACGCGAGCCGCCCGCCGGUGGACACGAGGUCGCGUGCCUGCGCCGACCUGACGAGUGACGACGACGGCGGCGGCUUCCCUUUCCGCUUCUCCAUCGAUCGCGUGGUGCUGAAGUUGAAGGGGGAGGGGCGGCACCGACGACGUCAGGCGGGGAGCGAGUGAUUCGCAAGGCUGCCCGUGCGUGGCUUCCCUGUGAGGGGGGAGGAGGAGGAGGAGGAGCGCGCUUCUUCUCCGCCGCCGUGCUCUCCGUCGUCUGAAAAGCUGGAGACGGCGACGAGGAGGGAUCCUCCGCCGGCGAGAGGGGCGCUGCUGCUGCUAGAUGGAGCCGCAGAUGGCGGCCGCGCACCACCCGCUGCCGCAUCACCACCACCAGCCGAAGGCCGCCAAUCUUGCGCGCUCGUUCACCAAGUUGCUCCGUCGGAAGCGCGGUGAUGGUGUGGCUGCGGCUGCGGUGGGGGAAGGGGAGAGGGAGCCUGGGGUGGCUGAUGCGGCGGCGGCGGCUGCGGCGGCGUCGGUGGCUGGGGAUGAGUAUGGGUGUUCCGUGGAGACGGCGGCGGCGGUGCCGUCGCUGAGUAAGCUGAAGCUGUCUGGGAACCUCGGUGCGGCGUAUUCGCUGGACGCGUUCUUCCGGAAUGCUGCUGAGAGGAAGGUCCCUGCGGCGGCGGCGGUGGGCGGGCCGCAGACGUCGCCGCAGGUGGCGCCGGAUGUGGCGAAGGAUUCGUUGCUGGCGAACCUGUUUGCCGGCGUCUCGGCGGUCAAGGCGGCGUACGCGCAGCUGCAGCUCGCGCAGUGCCCCUACGACGCGGAGGCGAUACAGGCCGCGGAUGCCGCCCUGGUGGCGGAGCUCACCAAGCUGUCAGACACGAAGAGGCGGUAUCUCCGGGACCCCGCCGCCGCGGCCAAGAACGCGGCGGCGGCGGGGCACACGGCCCUCUUCGCGCACGCCGAGGAGCAGCGGUACCUUCUCAAGACGUACCAGAUCACGGCGCGGAAGCUGGAGGGGGAGCUCCGCGCCAAGGAGGCGGAGGCCGACUGCGCCAGGAGCUCCCUCACCGCGGAGCUCCGCGCCGAGCGGGCCAUGGAGGCGCGCCUCCACCCGGGACGCACGCUCGCGUCUCUCGACGAGCUCCACCUCUCCGGCCUCAACCCCACCCACUUCCUCACCGCCCUCCGCCACACCGUCAAGUCGAUCCGGUCCUUCUCCAAGUCAAUGCUCAACUCGAUGCAGUCUGCCGGCUGGGAUCUCGGCGCCGCCGCGGCCGCCGUGCACCCCGGCGUCCCGUUGCGCCGCGCCGGGGACGCCAAGUUCGUCUUCGAAUCCUACGUCGCCAUGAAGAUGUUCGCCAAUUUCCACCGGAGAGACUUCAACUUCAGCUUCUUGGACGAGCGGGAGUUCUACGACCGCCGCCGGUUCUUUGAGGAGUUCACGGAGCUCAAGACGGCGCCGGCCAGCGCCUUCCUCGACGUGAGGAACGCGCGGUGGGGCGGAUUCGGCAAGUUCCUGCGCGCCAAGUACCUGUCGCUGGUGCACGCGAAGAUGGAGACGGCAUUCUUCGGGAGGCUCGAGCAGCGCGGCAUCGUGAGCGCUGGGCCGGGGUUCCCGGAGAGCUCGUGGUUCGCCGAGUUCGCCGAGAUGGCGCGCCGCGUCUGGCUGCUGCAUUGCCUCUUCUACGCAUUCGACGGCGGCGCCGAGGAGGACGGCGCGUCCAUCUUCCAGGUGCGCAUGGGGGCGCGCUUCUCCGAAGUGUACAUGGAGAGUGUCAGCGACGGGCGCUCCGACGAAGCCGCCGCCGAGGAGCGCGUCGUCGGGUUCACCGUAGUGCCGGGGUUUAGAGUCGGCCGGACAAUGAUCCAAUGCCGGGUGUACCUGUGCCGGCCGGGACGGCGGCCGUGAUGGCUGACAAAGCCGUCUUGUUCCAGGUGUCCGGCGGAUGAUAAAGAGGGGGGGGGGGGGGGAGGAAUGUCCAUUUUGGGGCGGCCGUCGAGGUCUCCCGCCGGCAGCCGGCUGCGGUGGUGGUGACGAUGAUGACCAGUGGGUGGCUAUGUAUCUAUUAAGGGAUGUAGUGAUGGUGAUCAUAAUAUAAAUGGCAUUUUAAGUUUGGA